AUGGGCUUCAAGGUCAUCAUCGUCGGAGGCAGCAUCUCCGGGCUGUCUCUGGCUAAUAUGCUCGAGAGGUUUGGUAUCGACUACGUCCUCCUCGAGGGCCACUCCGUUAUUGCCCCCCAACUCGGCGCCAGCAUCGGCCUGCUCCCGGCCGGCCUGCGCAUCCUCGACCAGCUCGGUUGCUACGAGACGAUCCGAGAACUCGCCGGCAACACAUACUACACAGCAAGCAUGCGCCUCUUUAGCGGCAAGAUUUGGAAGGACACGCAGCCCGUGACAUUUUCUGAAAAGUUGGAGGAACGUGUCGGAUACCCCCAGAUUUUCGUUGACCGGAAGACCGUCAUUCAAGUCCUCUUCGACAAGCUCCAGCACAAGGACCGGGUCCUGACAGAUAAGCGCGUCAACCUCAUCGAGCUCGUCCAGGACCGCGUCAACGUCCACACGAAAGACGGUUCCGUGUACACCGGAGACAUCGUCGUCGGCGCCGACGGCGUACACAGCGCCGUCAGAGGCGAGAUGUGGAGGAUCGCACAGGAAGAAAAGUCCGACCACUUCAAGCCAGAUGAAUUAUCUGGUCUGCAAUGCGAGUCAAAGUGCAUCUUCGGCAUCUCGAAAAGACCCGACUGCCUGCCCGCGUCGCCCGCCCAGAUGAACGCCUUCUUCAAGAACGGCAACUACAUGAUCCUCACCGCGCCCGGGGACCGCCUCUACUGGUUCCUCUUCACCGAGGCGGAGAGAACCCGCGGCGGGGACAUCCCGCGGUACACCAAGGAGGAGGAGCGCGAGCUCGCCGAGCUGCACUUUGGCGACCGGGUCACGGAGACCAUGACGUUCAGGGACGUGUACGAGAACAGGCUCCAGACGACGCUCGCCAGCAUGGAGGACCACGUGUUCCGGCGCUGGCACUACCGCCGCAUCAUCACCAUCGGCGACGCGGCCCACAAGGUACACCCGAUCAGCGCCCAGGGAGGCAACGGCGCGAUGGAGACGGCCGCCGUCCUCGUGAACGCCCUCCGCCGCGAACUGGAGAAGACGCACUCCGAGGGCCGCGCCGAGCUCGCCGAGGCCGACAUCGAGGCCGUCUUCGCCGAGGCCCAGGAGAAGCGCUUCGGCCGCGCCGAGGGCGCCGUCAGUCAGGGCCGGCACACCAACUCGGCCUCGAUCAAGGAGACGCUCUUCUCCAAGGUCUUCGUCGACUACUUCUUCCCCCGCUACGGGCAGAGCCUGAUCUUCAGCCUCAUCGUCAAGAACACGGCCAGCGGCCCCGUCGUCGAGGGCAUCCCCGUGCCGCCGCGGUACGAGGCGGCCGUCGCGCGGCACGAGGCGGCGCAGAAGGGCAAGGGGCCCAGCUGGACCCUGUGGAGCAUGCUGACGCUCGGCGCCGGGCUCCUCACCGCCGUGUGCUACUCGGCCCUGGGGCCCGCGUGGCCCGGUCUCUCUCUGGCCUGGACUCAAUGA